AUGGCUGUAAACCCAAUACCGCCAGACUUGCCCGACCUUGUUAUUCACCGAAUCCUCCAACUCCUUCCCACUAAAUCUGCUAUCCGCAUGAGCUUUCUUUCCAAGGAAUGGCAAGAUGCAUGUUGUUUGGGCCCUGUAAUAGAUUUCAACGAGGGAGGUGAUGACAACAACCUUCAUGAACAUACAAAGUUCGUCGAGAACAUCCUCAAUAGGUAUUUGGAAAUAUGUGAGAAAGACCCAAACAAACGGAAUCUAGAGAAAUUCAAGCUCCACAUGACCAGGUACUCAUCCAGAGACGCUAAUAUUGUAACUAAAUGGUUGAUAUUUUCAUGUAAGAGAAGCGUGAAAGAGUUAGAUAUUAGCCUUAUGCCAGUUAGUGAAUUGAACUACGACAUGUUGUCAUGUUUGGAUCCUCUCGAAGCAAGCAGGGCUGCAAGUCGCAUGAAAAACUUGUUUUACUUGUCUCGGAUGGCUCUUGUGAGUCUUGUCAAUGCAAAAUCUGUAACUACUCUAAAUUUAGAGUAUGUGAGAAUGAAGAAAAUCUACAAUAAGCAUCCUAUAUCUGUUGGUCUGCUUCCCUCUUUGAAAUCCAUGUCCUUCAAGAGGCUGCAUUUCGACUACGAAGCUCUCCUCUCCUUAAUUUCUGAGUGCCCUUUCAUUGAACACUUGUCACUAACUUCAUGUUCUUUCCAAGGGGACAUUUAUAUGCGGAGUUCCAGUCUCAAAUCUUUGGAAAUUGACCGAUGCGAGGCUCUUUUAGUCCGAGUCUAUGAAGCUAUAAAUCUUAAAUCUCUUUCAGUUGUAUCAGGUUUCGGUUCAUCUGAAUUUUCGCAGCUUGAGCAGGUGAUAUUUAGAGAUUGCCUCAAAUUGAAAUGUAUGAACAUACAUGCUUCGCACUUGCGUUUCCUUAAUUUAGAUGGAUGCCAUAAUGUGAAAGGCACAAUCGAUGCUCCAAAGCUCGAAUUUUUCAAUUUCGUUGGUUACUUGAAGUGCAAGUUCUCUUUGAAAGCUCCAAAUCUGAGGAUGACCCGCAUUGAACUAAUCGAAAAUUGGGAUAGAGAAGCAGCCACUUCCAACAGGCAAUGGAAACAUUUUACAACACUGAGCGAUUUUCUUCAAGAAUUUGGUAUAUCCAAAAGUUUGUACCUCUGUGUUUCUGAUUUUAAGGCUGUCAUAUUUCCAAAAGAUUUCAGAAAGACUUUGUCUUCUCCAAUAUUUCCAAAUCUCGAAGAACUUCAUUUCUCAGCGAAGAUUCCAUGCCUGCAAGUAAGAUGA